AUGCCUAGCAUAUUCGAGGAAAUCACAAGAACUGUGAUCCAAAAGCUGGACUCUAGAGGGGAUAUGAUUGCUGUCAAAAGUGCCACCAAUGCUGACAGUUUCCAUUGCUACUGUCUGGUGAGAGAAAAGAGAACUAUCUUGGGAAUCCAGUACUACAAGACAGCCCUCACUCUGAAGGACAUUCUGGAGAGGGAAGCAGGUGAAAGGCCGAUCAAUGAGGUGGAUUCUAUGUCUUCAGAUCAAAAGACAGAGUUCCCAAUUUUGAAUGAUGUGGACACAAAAGGAGAGCUUACCCUGGAAUUACCCAAAGCAAUAACAACGGCUGGGAUGGCUGAGAAUUCCCAGGGAACUCAAAAGCAGGAAAUUAGAAUAUUGGUGAAUCAGAUACCCCAGCAACAUCUGGAUUCCCUUGUGGACAGGAAGCUGAAGCGGAAAUUACCUCCUACGUUUGAAACAAUUCAUGCAAGAAGAGAAAACCUUUAUCUGGUAACAGAAACGCUGGUGACAGCAAAUGAGGAAACUCUGAGACGUGAAAGGCAAUUUAAACUUAAGACUUGGAUGAAUGGUUGGAUACCCAGUUUUGAGCACAAGGUUAGGAUUUCACAGAGCAACGAUGGAGGAGAACCAGCCCUGGCCCACCUGCUGCAGCACCAAAAGACAGUGACCAUCCCCUCGCAGUGGGUCCUGGGAUAUCGAAUAAAGCAGCUAAUCUUCUCCAGCAUGGACAGGAUGAGUAUUUGUUUAUCAGGCAAUACAAAAUCCUUUCCAGAAGAAAAUGAUGGCAGUUCAUCCGUCAUAGGGAAGUCCUCAAGUUUGGAGGAUUUGCGAAGCAUAAAAGAGAAGGUACAGGACUUGAGGAGUGGUCUCCAGGAUCUGACUGAGAAGGACAGAAAAGACCUGCUAAGCUGCCUCACUAAAGUCCUCAACAAUGACGGCAUUCUACAGCACCUAGAGGAAAGAGUUUCGGAGGCCCUGAUCUCUGGUGAGCUGCCGCUGGGGGACCCAGCAGGGCCUCUCAUAAAUUGCCUUUUUAACGAUGAUGGGAUCUUGGUGGAGGAACGUUUAGAAGCUGUUCAGGAACUCCUGUACUCUCUGACAGCGCUGUCUGAAGAUGAUCAGCAGCUUGUUCAUGAGGCCCUGGAGGAGGGGAUGCUGCCCCUGUUGAUGAAACAGGUGGAGAAUGCCCUGGAGAAGAACUGGAAUGAAUACAACAACAACCCCCCUGACACGGGCUGUGAUGCUGAGGCACAAUCCCUCUGUGCCUUCUAUGUUGUUCUCUCCAUCCUGUUACAGCUGGAUGACAAGGCUAAUUCUGCCACUUCCUAA